UCCUGCCACUUCAUUUGACACACAAUGGCAGCUUUACCAAACGGUUUUUUUGGGACAAUACCACAAUAAUAUCGUACCGUGAUAUUUUGAUACCGUUACAUCCCUGGAAGUGACAGUUUACGCAACCUGUCCUCUUGUUAUUGUUGACUAGCAGGAAUUAGCAGCGUGCUAGCGUUAGCAGCGCGGCUAACUGACGAAAGUUCGGAACGUAUUUCCCCAAGACACAUUUUUAUUCCCCCCAGCUAUUAAGUCCACUACGCGUCGUGUCGUGUCAUUUGCACCCACCUACACAUAGUGGUGUGAGAAUUGUGCGCGCUUUGGCGAGGAAUUAUAAAUGUGGCGUAAGUUAUGUGUUUGGGUGUGUACGCGGCUAGUGACAGAUAGCUAGGCUAGCUGUCACUACGAACUGACCUGACUAAAUCGUGGUGAAAAUGUUCAAAACGCUUUUGCAUGUUUUGUUAUUCGAACAUAACGAAUGACACUCGGAACCGCCCAAGUCGUCAUGCCAGCGAAUUUAGCCCUUCCAGUGUCGACGGCACUUAAGCGGAGCCGACACCCGGCUAGCUGGGAGCGGCUAAUGCUAAUGCUAAUGCUCGCUGUACUCACCCGGCCAAGAAACGAAGCCGCUGGGUGUGAUCACAAUGUCGCCGCAGUAACAAAAACAAAACAAAAAAAAAUUAACACUUCAAGCCGUCUUGCUGUGCGCCGAUGUCGGGCGAGCUAAUGAAGCAACCGAGUAUUCUCCAGCAGGCUCCGCCACUUUAACUUCCCGGUUGGCUUUGUACGUACGAGCGAUGAUGACAGAUCGGAUGACUUGCGGCUCACAAUCCUCCUACGUCCGGCCGAGCACCGCCAAUCAUAACACACACUAUCCACAUUUAUCUCUUUUUAAAAUGUUUUCAACAUUGCAUGCCACGACAAGACAUAUAUGAGACAACGCCCGGAAUUGUUUUUAAUUUUUCCCCCCCAUCAUUUUUAAAAAAAUGUAUUCUAUUUUUAAUUUUAUAACCCUUUAUUUAUAAUAUGCAACAUUUACAUACAAUCAACAAAUAAUAAUAAUAAUCACAACAAGUACAGAAAUAGUACAAGACAACACCCGGAAAUAUCUAACGAUACCGUAGAAAAUGUCAUUUAAAAAACUUAGUUUCGUCAAUCUUUCUUCAUAUUCAUUUUCUAAUGUCACUUUUAUUGAUGUCCUUUGAGUUCUAAUGAAAAGUAACAGCAAUAUAUGUCGGCGCUUUAAUGGACGUGUUGCUAGGCAACGGCACACUGUUAAGCAAGCUAGCCCUGAUAUGUUUCCUCCCCGGCAGGGAACGCCGUUUUAUACUUUUUUGUAAAUAUUCAAGAAUGUGGAAAAAUGUCCGACGGAAUGAAGCUGGCGGACAGGUUGACACAAAUGCCGACGGCUGGAAAACGAUAUCCUGUUGGGGACAGAGCCGAGGCUUGCUUACAAGAUGGGGAAAGGGCUCUAACCCCACCUAUGGUGAAGAAGUACCACGACAGUAACCGACCCAUGCCUGGCGUGAUCCGAGUGCACCACGGGAAGGCCAACGAUCCCAAAAUUGCAGACACAAUCGUCCACGGCAAGAGUAUCAAGUCUUCCCUGACGGCGGCAGAUUCCCUCAACCCCCCUGUGUGCAGCAGGUUCCAGCAUAAUCUUCAAGACUUCAGUGAGGCCAUCUACGCAUCCAAAAGGAAGACGCCGCUGGCACGUGUGCCCGACCAACGCCUUGGACUUCCCAGCUGGUACAACAACGAAACCACUUUUGGACAUAGAAAUGUGAGAGAGGUGGACGUCCGGGAUGUUAUUCAUCCUCCUAAAACGGCCGAGGAGUUGAACAAUGAGAUUCAGGGGUCACACGAGGCUUAUGUCCGGAGUCACAACAGCUAUUUUGUCGGCGAGCGAAUAAACCGGAAGUACGACACGGAUCACUACAAUAAAGAAAGAUGCUUUGGCAAGCCGACACCUCAUUGCAACGAGGGACGCAGGGUUGCCCGAAGUUUACGAUGGCUGGACGAGCCCACCGGGUUCUACAAUCCAGACCCUGACUCAACUGGCUGCUUUGGAAAGUCACAAAGGAAAGGGGGCAGCUUAAAGGUGUCACCACACCACAGUUUCGGAAUGGUCAAACCUGAGGAUGAAUUUGGCCUCGGAGAAUUGAUCCACUGCAUGGACCCGGACGAGAGCGUUCGACCAGUAGAGCGUCACCGUAGUUUGUCUGGCGCGUUGCGACACCGCCUCAAGAUUAUUAACUUCCAGAACUUUUCUUCUAUUGUGGAGGCCUUCAGGUACUAUGACAAGAAAGGCAACGGGCAGGUCGACAAGGAGGACCUUAAAGAAGUGUGCCGUCACUUCAAGCUGGGGGUGAGAGAUUCGGUCCUGGGCGAACUGCUCCAAUACUGCGACACGUACAAAAACGGGUUUAUUGACUUCCUGGAGUUUGCCAACUACCUCACCUGGAAGGACAAGAUGCCUCUUAACAAAAAGGACCAGACACUGGUUGUGAAUGCCCUGUAUCCGACCAGCUCAGACGGCGAUCCUGCAUCAGUAUUGACUCGGCACCCUUCUUCCCAUGCUUUGUUAAAACCUGAAGACCUGGAACUUUUCAAGCGGGGCAGCUCAAACAAGAACGUGAGGACGAUCAGACGACCCGAUGCGACCCCAAAUCACUACAUUACCUCCGCCUCGUUCAUCGGGGCAGGCAGAGGGGGACUGCAGUCAUCAAAGACUCGCACGUAUGGGCUCCCAUCGGUCCGCACUGACGUUUCGCUCACACGCAACAGGAGAAUCAGCAACCUUAUUAAUUACGGCGACAUGACCACAGCGGCAGAUCUGCUGGUGCCAUCAGUGAACUGCAGCAAUGGCGUCUACCAUGACCACUUCUUCAGUCCAUGCUCCAAGAAAGAGAUUGCGGAGGUCUACAGGAAUUUGGGCGAGGAUAUUUCUGAGAAGACGUUUGAAGAGACCUGGAAGCUGGCGUCCACCAGGCAUCCCUAUGGGAGCGUCUGUGUGGACUCUUUCCGUGCGGCCCUCAAGGAGAUAAAAGCUUUGUGUGUCUUAGAAUAGUCCACUACUCCAUUCAGACUUCACAGUCGAAUCGUUGGACAUUGAACCCAAAGUUGAGUACCUGAGGCCCCUCUGCGUGUACAGCAAAUGGUGUUGAGAGGAUGUCCCAAGAUGGGACACGGGGCCGGAGCCCCCUAUCUGACACACCAGGGACUCGCCCAAGAUUGGACCUGGUGCGCUGCUGCGGCAGGAAGUUUCCCUCCCUGCUCCCCUCUAGCAAUGGUAAUGAUCCUUUUUCAGGUUCACUAACAUAAAACUUGUUACGACGUUUCCUGGCACUUUCUCUAGAUCAUGGCUAUUUAAUUACACAUUUGGGUGAGCCAGAAUGGUGAAAACUAUAAUGCUUGGCUGGGCCAGACAUUUCUGGCAAUCAGCAUUUAAAAAACAUUGAUAAAUAAAACAU